AUGAUGCAACAAAAACAACGAGUAAUCCACCACCCACGAAACGACAUUUUACAUUCGUCGAAACGUCGUCGGUUUCAUCACGGUGCGACGACGAUUCAGACGACGACGAGAAGGAAAAGUGGAGGUAAAUACGGAAGAGGAUGCGGUGCGCGAAAAGCAGUAACUUCUUUCUCUUCUGUGUCUGCGAAUAAAGAAGACGACGACGAGUCUAAAGAUAUCGAUGUAGUCACGCUCGGAAAUAUGUGCGUGGAUGUGUUUCAUUCCGUGGAGUCUCUCCCUGAAGACAAGAACGAGUUGAAAACGAUGGAAACUCUGAACGAUUUGUUAACGAGAACGGAGAAAAUGAAAGCGAUGGGAUGCGAGGAGUUGGAGGUUGGUGGCAACACGAACUUCUUAAUCGCCGCGAGGAGGCUCGGGCUGAAAGCAGUCUCGUUAGGGCAGAUUGGAAAUGAUUUCUACGGGACGUUUAUGAAAGACGUCUUGCGCGAAGAACGCGUCGGGUUUCGCAGUUACGAGGAAAAGCAAAAUUCUUCCACAUCCUCCUCUGCUCCCAGUACUUCGGAAAGUCGAACGUUGGUUUGUUUCGUGUUGGUGGAUGGAUCUGGUUCGCACGCGUUUUGUUCUUCCUACGAUCUCGGCCCGUGGCCGUUACUGGCGGAAAAAUACAAGCUCGGCGCGGAUGUGAAAGCGGCGUUGAGGAAAUCAAAAGCUAUGUUUGUAAACGGAUUUGCGUUCGAUGAGCUCGCACCGAACGAUGUCGUCGACGCGGCGGAUAUUAUUCACAAACACGACGGCACGGUGUUUUUCGACCCCGGUCCACGCGCGUUCACCUUUCACGAAACCGAGUUGCGCAAGAAAGCUUUGAUUUCACUCAUAAAGCGAACGGAUGUCGUUUUAGCGACCGCAGAAGAGUUAGCGGCUUUAGUCGAACACCCAAAUCCGAACGAGGAGUUGUUACAAAAUCCUCGCACGUUGGCGUAUAGCUUGUUCAACCAUCCUCAAUUUGAAGGAUCGGGCAAUUUAGAAUGGAUCGUCGUAAAACUCGGCCCGGAUGGAGCGAUUUUGUUUUCAAAGAACGAUAUGGAUAUCGAUAGCACUAAAGUAGGCUCUCCCACGAUUGACGUCGGCGAUACGGUCGGGUGCGGCGACUCUGCGGCGAGUGCCAUCGUCAUGGGAUUUCUCGAAUACAAAAAAUUGAUGUCGACCAAGAGCGAUAGUGGGAAAGAUAGUAGUAACGGUAGUGGCAGUGAUAAUAACGGCAGCAGAAGCAGUAGUAAUAGUAAUAGCACGACGAUGACGACGACAAAGGAAGCCAAACAACUUUCUGCGAAAGCGACUUUGGCUUUAGCCACCGCAGUCGGCGCGGCUACCGCGUCGAGAACCGGCGCGGGAAGAAACGUCGCCACGAAACAGUUAGCUCAAGAUUUGUUAAUCGCGCAAGGCGGAGAAGAACGUAAAGGCGCGUGUGAAUACAGCGAGGCCUUGAGAAUGUUGAAGAGAUACGUCGAUUGA